UGCAGCCACCAGGGCUCCGACAACUGCACCUACAGGAACUUCAGCAGCGCGGCGCAGGCGGUGACCGAGUGGUACAUCCUGCAGUCCACCAGCAUCCUCUCCAGGGUGCCGCUGCAGGAGAGGAUCAGGAUGGGCUACCAGGCAGAGGACAUGAUCCUGGCGUGUCUCUACGGGGCUGAGCCCUGCAACUACAAGAAUUUCACCCAGAUCUAUCACCCAGACCAUGGUAACUGCUACAUCUUUAACUGGGGCAUGGAUGAGGAGGCUUUGAAUUCUUCAAACCCCGGAGCCGAGUUCGGGCUGAAGUUAAUCCUGGACAUCAGCCAGCAGGACUACAUCCCCUACCUGUCCUCUGCGGCCGGGGCCAGGCUCAUGCUGCACCAACAGAAGAGCUUCCCCUUCCUGAAGGACCAGGGCAUCUACGCCAUGGCCGGGACAGAAACCUCCAUCGGGGUGCUGGUGGAUGAGCUGGAGCGGAUGGGCUAUCCCUACAGUGACUGCACCAACAACGGCUCUGACGUCCCCAUCAGAAACCUCUACAGCCAGUACAAUACCUCCUAUUCCAUACAGGCUUGCCUGCGCUCCUGUUUCCAAAAUCACAUGAUUGAGAUCUGUGGAUGUGGUCACUAUAUGUUUCCUUUACCUGAAGGGGUCAAUUACUGCAACAACGAAGAUAACCCUGGCUGGG